UCCCACUUCCGCGGGCACCCAACUGUGCGUCUCCUGCGCGCUGACGUCAGGUGCGUGCCCCUGUCCGGCAGCCGAGGAGACCCCGCGCAGUGCUGCCAACGCCCCGGUGGAGAAGCUGAGGUCAACAUCAGAUUUGAAAUAUUUAAAGUGGAUACAAAACUAUUUCAGCAAUGCAGACAAUUAAGUGUGUUGUUGUGGGCGAUGGUGCUGUUGGUAAAACAUGUCUCCUGAUAUCCUACACAACAAACAAAUUUCCAUCGGAAUAUGUACCAACUGUUUUUGACAACUAUGCAGUCACAGUUAUGAUUGGUGGAGAACCAUAUACUCUUGGACUUUUUGAUACUGCAGGGCAAGAGGAUUAUGACAGAUUACGACCGCUGAGUUAUCCACAAACAGAUGUAUUUCUAGUCUGUUUUUCAGUGGUCUCUCCAUCUUCAUUUGAAAAUGUGAAAGAAAAGUGGGUGCCUGAGAUAACUCACCACUGUCCAAAGACUCCUUUCUUGCUUGUUGGGACUCAAAUUGAUCUCAGAGAUGACCCCUCCACUAUUGAGAAACUUGCCAAGAACAAACAGAAGCCUAUCACUCCAGAGACUGCUGAAAAGCUGGCCCGUGACCUGAAGGCUGUCAAGUAUGUGGAGUGUUCUGCACUUACACAGAGAGGUCUGAAGAAUGUGUUUGAUGAGGCUAUCCUAGCUGCCCUCGAGCCUCCGGAAACUCAACCCAAAAGGAAGUGCUGUAUAUUCUAAACUGUUUUCUCCUUCCCUUCUUUGCUGCUGCUUCCUGUCCCACUACUGUAGAAAGAUCGUUUAAAAACAAAGGAAUAAAACCAUCCUGUUUGAAAGCCUCUGCGUCUUUUUACUCACCACCUUAGAGCAACCUCUGUAUUAGUUUUUGAUCAAGAAUGCAAUAUCUUAUAGAAAUUUUUUGUGGUCAGUAGUCAAGUUGGACUUGUUUUAACUUUCUGCUGCUUGAGUUGCCUGAUGCUCAGAGCUUUUUGGUUUGGAUUACCAUUGCAAAAGGGAACUUGGUCUGGCAUUAAGAGUUGGAGAAAAUAACAAGAGUUUUAACACUUCUAGAUCUUAGUUCUAGAUGGAGAAAGUAACACAAACAUCAUUUUACUCUUAUGAUCAAUUGUUAAUUGUAAUUGCAUGACAAACCUUAUGGAAAAGGGGUGACCUUCUAGUAGAGUGUAACGGGGAAGGGAGGAUUCUUUUCUGGUUUUCCUUUGUGCAGUGAAACUUUGUGUUGCUGUUGCUUUGGCUGUCUGUGCUGUAGUGGAGUAUUUGUCAGUCUGGGGUGGGGAAGAUAUUGAUGUAUCUGCUACUGCUUUAUGAGUUCAUUUGUUACGUUAUCUUUUAAGAAUAGCAUCCAUUUAAACAGUUGACUUACAGUUUGUUAAUGUUGAGAUGUAAAGCUGCCACCUUUAUAUUUUCGUGCUUCUGAUUUUAUUGUGAGGGAAAUAUACAAUUGUGGUUACCUUCAAAUUUUGAAAUUAAAAAUAUACAACUGUUUGUAUAAA